AUGCAAUUUCUUGGCUACGGAUUCCUCAUGUGCGCAUUUGUUUUCUUCACAAUUCUUCCACAUUUUAUAAAUUUUUGGUCAAAAGAUGAUCCAAUGAAAGUUUCAUUUUUACGAAUAACUGUCUUUUUUCUUUUCUUUGUAACUGGAAUGUUUGCAAUUUCGUUGGGAUGCCUAUUUGGUUAUCAUUUAUUUUUGACUGGAAAAAAUCGUUCAACCGUUGAAUCUUUUCGUCCACCAGUCUUUGCUUAUGGACCAGAUAGAAAUGGUUUUAAUUUGGGUGUAAAAAUGAAUUUUGCUGAUAUUUUUGGAAGUGAAAAGUUCAAGUGGUUUUUGCCUAUUUUUACAAGGUUUUAUUUAGAUUUUUUAAAAAUUUUUUGGUCUAAGGCUCUGAGUGACGUUUUUCCGUUUCAAAUUUAUUAG